GAGUAUUCGGUAUUCUGUAUUCGCCGCCAAGCCAACAUUCAUUCUAGUUUUAGCCGGUAGGGAGAGAACACACAUCAUUUCCUCUAUUUAUAUCCAACAAAUAAAUCCAAAAACAUGGCGUUCAUUGGCAAGAAGUACAAGAUGAUCUCAUCGGAGAACUUUGACGAGUUCAUGAAGGCAAUCGGCGUUGGGCUGAUCACCCGCAAAACAGCCAACGCAGUGACGCCAACGGUGGAGCUGAAGCAAGAUGGCGACUCGUACGUCCUGGUGACGUCGUCCACUUUCAAGACCACGGAGGUGAAGUUCAAGCCUGGCGAAGAGUUCGAUGAGGAGCGCGCCGACGGUGCCAAGGUGAAGACGGUUUGCACUUUGGAUGGAAACACUCUGAAGCAGACGCAAAAGGCCGCCGAUGGCAUGGUCGUCACCUACGUCAGGGAAUUCGGACCUGAGGAGAUGAAGGCUACGAUGACCGCCAACGACGUGACCUGCACCAGAGUGUACAAAGUUGUAAGCUAAGCGCCAUAAGACUGCCGGGCUGGGCCCUCUACUGUCCUAUUAUUUUAUAUAACAUACCCAAUAAACAACUAUUUUCAUAAAACUAGGUUUAUUUCAAAAACGCACACGCGAUUUUCGACUGUAAGUGUGAAAACACCUUAGAGUUUGUUCUACGAGGUUCUCGUGCUGCCAAAGUUAGAGUGUGAAUGGUAUGGAAAACGUUACAGCUGUUGUAUAAGUUUUUAGUGCAUAUUUAAAUAAAGUUUUUUUUACUUUA